AUGGAGUCGACCGAGAAUAAAAAAGAGAGCUCAGACCGAGUGUCUGUCGUCGGAUGUCAGUCCCAGUUAGAGGGCAAAUCCGAAACCCGAGAAUUGGAUGGCAUGCACCUCAAGAAGCGCUUUUCGCUCAUGUCCAUGAUUGCUUUUGGCUUCACUACCAUGAACUCAUGGGUAGCUUUCGCCUCAGGCCUUGCCGUACCUUUGGUAUGCGGUGGAGGCCCAGUCCUCAUCUACGGCCUACUGGUGAGUGGUGUCGUCACUUGCACCAUCGCUGCUGGGUUCGCUGAGUUAGCUUCUGCGUUUCCCUCGGCAGGUGGGCAGUAUCACAUCGUGUUCAUGGUCUUCCCUCAAAAGACACGCCAUGUCGCUGCCUUCUUCACCGGAUGGAUCUCAGUCGUGUUCAUUAUGGCAGCUACGGCUUCAUGCAGCUUCUUUGUCUGCGAGUUAAUGCUGAAUCUAAUCUCUUUAUGGAUCGAGAGCUAUGUUCUAGAGGCUUGGCAUGUAUAUCUUCUGCAUGUCCUUCUCUGUGGUGUUGCCUUUAUAUCUGCGUCGCGUUUCCCAGAUGCCAUUGGUCGAAUUGGUAUUGUGGCGCUCUGGCUCUCUAUUGCUGGAUUUAUCGCCUCGCUGGCGACUCUGCUAGCCAUCAGCGAGACUAAGCAGUCCAGUACGGCGGUCUUUACCAACUUUCAGAAUGUGUCUGGUUGGGGGGAUGGAUGGGCUGCCGUCAUUGGCAUUGCAAGUUGCCUGUGGGCUUACUGUGGCAUGGACGCGCCGACACACAUAUCUGAGGAAGUCCCCAAUCCAAGUCGAAACGUUCCUAUUGCCAUUGGUGUCACAUUGGGCUUGGGAAUUGUCACAGUCGUCGUAUGGAACAUCUCCCUCUUAUUUGUGGUCCCAGACAUCCUGGCACUUAUUGAAUCCGGGAUCCCGAUUUUGGGAGUGUAUGAAGUCGCGCUCAACUCGAGGGUAGCAACGACGAUCUGGGCCGUUUACUACAUUGUCUUGUUCUACAAUAUUGUUCUCAACCUCUUUAUAUUCUCAGGCCGAAUGAUCUGGUCACUCUCUCGCGACGGCGGUAUCCCUUAUUCCAGUUACUUCUCCCACCUCAGGUGGGCCAGUCCCGUCCGCGCCACUGCUAUUAUGUUUGUCCUGCAGAUUCUCGUCGGCCUCCUCUACAUUGCUUCCAGAACAGCUUAUAGUAGCUUUGUCGGUCUAACAUUGUUUGCUCUUAACAUCACAUUAAUCCUCCCUCAAGCUGCUCUGUUGUUUGGAGGUCGCGAGUCAUUGCCCAAGAGAGCUUUCUCCCUCGGAAGGUUCGGCUAUGCCAUCAAUGCAUUAGCGACGCUCUUUGGAGUUUUCUUCAAUAUAGUGCUGGCGUUUCCCAUCAACUAUCCUGUCACUGGGACUUCUAUGAAUUAUUUGAUCGUCGUCUUCGCGAUUGGUCUUAUUGUUACGAUAUUCGCUUGGUCCUCUGGCGUCGGAAAACGAUUCACUGGCCCACAACUAAAUGAAUAA